UUAUUAAAUUGCUACACUAAUCGACUUCAGAAGCUAACUUAAGCCGGGCGUAAUAAGUUGAGGCCGUCAUGGCGCCACUGAACUAAUUUUCCGUCCCUAGCGCGCGCCAUGGAGCGUUCGGCCUAAUAGAUAGCGACAAUUCCACCGCCCACAGCACGGCUAGGGUCAGUUUUCCCCGCUGAAGUAACUGCAAUUCCCCAUGUUAUACCCCGGAUUUCUCGUAUCUCCUCACUAUUAGGUACCUACUAACGUCACCUACUAGCCCUGGUAUAGGUACUCUUAACAGCCGCUCCACUGGAAUGAAAUCUAAGAUGAGGAUGGCAACCUGGCAAUGUAAGGGACCAUACUGUUCGAUAGGGCAUAUCACCCGCUCGAAAUGGUCAAGUACACAAUUUACCGAAGCUAAAUAAGGACAAAGGCUUUUUUUUUUUUGUCUUGGCCAGCGGAAACUUGCUUUCCUACGAACGAGGUGAAGCGACCAGUCGGUUAUAAAUAUGGCCUUAGUUGCAUUAUAUAAUUACUACCCUGUCGCACCCGUGUGACCUGAUCGAUGGUGUGUUUAUUGUAACCCAAUCUCCUCAAUAUGAAGGUAUCGGUCGUGUUGUCGCUUUGCGCAACGUUGGCGUGCGCUUCGUGGAUGCCACCGGUGCCUGCGCUUGAAGGGGACUUUGAGCCGCGCUGGCAGAAGCGCAUCAGCCGCAGGCAAGAAAACUCUUCCGGGGAAUGGCCAUACGCUCCUUUUAAGACUAAGGGGAGAGAUGUUGUCAAUAACCGUGAUGAAGUGGUUACCUGGGCUGGAGUUAACUGGCCCAUGAGUGGCGAGACAAUGAUCCCCGAAGGUUUGGAGUGGAAGUCUGCCGAAGAUAUCUUGGACGACGUUGCCGGUGUGGGUUUCAAUUUCAUCCGCAUGGGUUAUGCGAUUCAAAUGGUCGAGGAAAUUUACGACCGAGGAGGCGAAGAUGUACCUCUCGAAGUUGCUCUCAUCAUGGCUCUCGGUUAUGAGAAUGGUACUAAAGUCACCAACGAAAUUAUCGCUAAGAACCCUACUUGGACUCGCGAGACGACACGCUUCGAGAUUUGGUCUGAUAUCGCGAGUAUCGCGUUGUAUAAGGGCAUAUAUAUUCAUCCCGAUGUCCAUGUCGGCAAGGCGCAAUGGUGCUGUAGCCACACCGACGGCAACGCCUGGUUUGACGACCUUAAUUUCGACACAUUGAACUGGCGGCGCGGACUCUCGCACGUCGCGACAUGGGCCAAGGAUCACCCAAACGUCGUUUCCAUGUCCUUGCGCAAUGAAUUGCGUGAGAGCUGGAACCGAACGGAUUUGUAUUACAACUGGGAGACACUCGUCGGAAAUAUGAGCGCCGGCGCUGACGCGAUACACGCCGCAAACCCGGACCUCCUAGUUACAUGGUCGGGCAUGCAAUAUGACGAAGACUUGUCCGCGCUCACAAGCGGAAAAAACAUACUCACGGCACCGUGUUACAAGUGCACGGCCGUGCGCGACGCGCGACGGCGCGAUCCGGUGGUCUUUGACCUUGCGCAGCAUCCGUGGGCGGAUAAGAUUGUCUGGGAGCUGCAUUUGUACCCUAUGAGCGAGGACGUGGACACGGGUACCUGCGAAGCGAUUGAGGCCGCGCUGUAUCGCGCUGGGUUUAAUGCGCUUGGUAUUGAUGCGCCAGUUGGGUGUAGUAUUAACAGCGGUAACAGCACUAGUGGUGGUGGUCUUGUAGAGGACUGCCCGCCGGCAACGCGCCUAACGCCGGUCAUUUUGUCCGAGUUCGGCAAUGCCCAAGACGCGACGCUGUAUAACGCCACGGUACAGAAUUGUCUUCGCGAAUAUACCGAGAAGCAUGACGUUAGUUGGAUGAUGUGGAGUUUAGCGGGUAGUUAUCGUAUAAGGUCUGGGGUCCAGGGGUUGGUUGAUACUUGGGGCUUGACGAAUGCGGAUUGGACUGGUUGGAGGGAUCCGGAUACCGUGGAGAAUUAUUGGAAGCCCUGGGUGAAGGCGAUGAAUUUGACGAAGAGUUAGAGGCAAUAAUAUAUAGGAUAUUUAUGAUACCCAUUCAUAAAUCAAGAAAUGCGAUUACUCAUUAUUGUCUAGGAUC